AUUCCGGUUACCAUGUCCCGGAGCAGUAAAAACCAGUUUCCCGAUUUUUUCACCAUGAAGGAAGCGAUCCCAAUAAACGUUACUCCAUUAAAAUUCGGAAAAAGGCCUUAUUGGAUGGCCACCGUUGCAACAGAAUCGAGUUCUAGUAGUGACUAUCGAGAUAGGCCCUCCUUGCGACCUUAUACAGACAAUGACGAUGAAAUGAUUGAUUGUGCGGAUUUGGACGACAACUAUGAAAUAACUGUUAACAAGGCCGGCCACUUUACAACAUCAUUUCAUGUUCCAUCUAGUUUCUUUUCAUUUAUUAUUGGGACAAGAGGGUCUACAUUGCAAUCUUUGCAGAGAAGCACCAACACUGUCAUCAAAAUACCGAGGAUCAAUGAAAAAUGCGACGUUGUCAUAACAGGAGACACUGAACGUAAAGUGGCUUCCGCAAGAAACCAGAUAGCCAUGAUGGUUUCUCAGAAAAAAGAUAGGCUACCUCCCACACACUUUGUUGGUAUCAGGAUUGAAUCAGAUGAAAUUACAAAGAAUUUUUUGCAGUUUCAAGAAUGUGUAUUAAAAGAUCCUGAUAGGGGGGUUACAAAGUCAGUAUUUCAGCUACCUGUCAAGUUUCAUUUAACAUUGAUUGUUAUGACGGUGUUGGAUGAAGAGGAACUGGAAUUGACGAAAAAGUGUUUGGAAAAUUUUUAUAAUGAAGUAGUCACUAAAACAUUUUCAAAGGACCGCCGUCUCCAAGUCACAGUAAAGGGUCUUGAAAUAAUGAACGAUGACCCCUCAUAUGUCAAUGUGCUAUAUGCCAACAUUGAGAUGGAGUCUCUCGAGCUCAGGAAUACCCUGCAGGCUAUGUGUGACAAGAUGCUGAAUGAUUUUCACAGAGCGGGACUGGCCAAAAAACAAUAUGACAGAGUUAAAUUGCACUUGACCUUAAUGAACACAAGCUUCAAGCAACCAGAAGAAGGUCGCGAGAAAUUUGAUGCUUCUGGCAUACUAGACAAAUACGGCCACUAUUAUUUUGGCAAAGCGGAGCUGAAGGAGAUUCAGUUGUGUGUCCGGGGUACUACAACUAGCGAACGUGGGGAUAGGAAGUUUUAUGAUUCAGUUUUAACUCUACCCUUGUAAAAAAUGUCAACUCCCAACACACGAUAUUUUAAUAAAACAUAUCGUAAAAC